AUGGGAGCUAUGUCUGAGUUUCCCACGAAGACUUUCAAGACAGAGAAGUUUCCUUUUAGCCAAACUUAUUUUAAACGUGAAUCGGCAACAAAAGAUACCAAGCCCAAAAAAGGUCUGAUUGGUGAGGAUAUUUUUUCAGACUUAAAUCAAGAUCUUCCUAAAGGAGGUAUUUUUAAAAAAGUGUUUGACAAGCAAACAGUAACAGACGCAAAUGACAAUGACAACUUGAAAAUGCUACAAGUGGCUGAGAAUGUGGUCAAGGAAGUUUUUAGGAGAGUAAAAGAUCUAAGUGCUUCUGUUAGCAUUUUAAAGAAAGCUCCCAUUGAGCUUAGUGAAAGAUUGUUCUGUAGUAGUUUUAAAAGAACUGAAUUUCCUGAGACUUUUCAUAAAGAGUUCCAGAAAGAAAUUGGAUUAGUUGCUAAAGAGAUUGUAGCGACUGUUUUUGAUAACUUUCACAAGUGUUUGGUGUCUAGCAUCGCUAUGGCAUCAGACCAAGAACCUGUAAUAAGGAGGAAAGACCAGGUCCCUGCCAGAAGAACUAGCAGAAUUUCUAAAACAGAAAAAAAUAAGAUCAUGCAAGCAGAAUUGCCUGCUUAUGACCCAACAGUUUCUUCAUUUACUAUUGAUAAAAUAGCCAAAGAGACUGUGGAAAGUGUUGUAUUCACACUAGAGUCAUUUGUAGCCUUUCAGUUUAAACAUGACUUUAAAUGUAAAUUUUCUGAAAUAGUGAAACUCCCAGUUGAAAAUAUUUCUAGUGCACAACAGACACCAUUCUUAAGUAAAAGAACGCUGCCAACCUUAGAACAAUUCCAGAGUUCAUCAGAUGUAUCAAGGGUAAGCAGUAUGAUUACAAAGGAAAGCAUAGAAAGUGCUAUUAUCCAAGUGCAAGGUCUCCAUUCAGAAUUGAACAUUUACGCUACAAUUGCUGUUAAUGAUGUUCUUGAAAUCUUCAAGCGGAAGCUAGAAAAAGAAAUUAGCCAAAGGCAAACAAUCCCAUUGUAUGAUGACUCCGAAGAAAACAUUAUGGCAGGUGAGAUAAUUAGUACUGUAUUAGAUCGAUGUGCUCAGCCUCAAACUGAAAUUACUUUGGAAUUGAAAUCUGGAACUCUUGAUAUGGAAAAGUCUGGACGAACAUUUGGAAAUAAUAAAAUUCAUGGCCAAGGUGUUGCAGUGUCAGAAGGAAUAAAACUGCCUGCUAGAAAAUUAAGAGAAAUUGACCCAAGGGAAAACUUUCCACCUAUCAAUGUUCCUGGAAUGGUGAUUUAUUCUGAGGAAGAAACAGAAAUGGAAGAGGAAAUUCCAUCUCGUCUCUGUCCAACAAUCCACAAAUUCUCAGAGCGGGAUGCUCACACCCCAUCAGAGGUGACCAAAAAGUCUAUGUACUACAUGUCAGCUCCUACAGCAAGACCUUCUAGACCAUCGCUGGGAACAAUAACUAAACAAAGAGCAAUUAGCUCCAGGAUGACUCUACCCCCUAUUGAGCCUAUCGAGAAACUGAAUGAGACAUACAUAUGUCAUUCUGGACUAGAGCUACCAGAACUAAGAAAAGGAUCGAUAUCUAAAUCAAGUAUGCUAAGUACAGGUACUGAAAGUGAUAUAGAGAAAAGGAGAGAAAGACGGUCCUCUGUGAAUGCUUUCGGACGACUAGAUAUCAAACCAAAGGAUGUUGUUUGCAGAAAUUCAUUUCAGAACCUGAAGAAACCUGAUGUCACCAGGGUGGAACUUCUAAAAGAUGUCAAGAGCAAGGAGGAACUUAUUUCACGACUCGUCUCAUAUGAUAUUCAACAUGGUGAAGACGAGGAUUUUGAACAAAUUGUAAAAGUAGAUUCCACUUCGGUUUUUGAGAGCCAGGAAUAUGCAGCAGUGGAACAGGAAAUCAUGCCUGCUUAUGAGAGUGCCCCUUUGGCUGAUAUGUGGAAUAAUUUAAUUGCUGUCCAGGCCCCUGAGAAAGCGGAUCAGUACAAGGUAAGUGGAAUUAUGGAAGAAACAACAUUAACUAACUUGGCAGGGCCUAAAUUGGACAUAGAUCUGCUGUCUGCUGUAAGCAAGGGCAUCCCAUGUUUAAGUGAGAGUGAAGUUCCUGAUACCCAGGACAAAGAUCCAUAUGUUAACAUGUCCCAUGCUCAGGAUACUGAAGACACAUUAAGGACGCCUGAGUUUGCCUUGUCCUACGAAGAUGCUGGAAAUAAAGGCUCCUCAUUACGGGAGAAAACAGGAGAUGCUGAUGUUUCAGAGUUCUCCACUCCCAGUCCAGGGGCUUCAGUGCCUGAGAAGGUGCCUGGUGUUCUGUCCGCAGUUUUCUCACAAUCAUGCAGCAGCACAAGCGACAUUUCAUUACCAACCCCAGCGGCCCCUUAGAAAAUUCAUAUCAGAUGCAAAACCUGUAUGUCAAAAAGAAUAAAUCGCUUCUUCAACUAUU